UGCCAAUUCAUUCAUACAUUCAAAAAAAUCCAUCUCAUUUUCUCCAGUCACAAGUCUAGUCAUUUUAAAUUAAAUUUUAAGUAAUUAAGCACACAAUCACUCCACAAAAAAAAUGAAUAAUCUAAUUGCAAGAGGCCUGAGCAAGACCCUGUCAUCGAUGGGUAUACGUAGUGUAGCGACUUCUGCCAUAAAACGUGGCUCAUUUAAAGUCCAAGACGAAGACGAUUUCGUCGACAAAGUGCAAAACAGCAAAGAGCCUGUAAUUGUGGACUUUUUUGCCAAGUGGUGCGGUCCUUGCAAAGCCCUAGAACCUCGUUUGGAAAACAUUAUUGCUCAAAGAAAGGGCGGUAUUUCAGUAGCCAAAGUUGAUAUUGACGAUUUAGGAGAAUUGGCAGCUAAAUAUGAAGUGAGCACUAUUCCAGCUCUGGUAGUAUUUCACAACGGAAAAGUCACCGAGAGGCUUGUGGGGCUACAAGACGAAGACAAAUUGACAUUGUGGAUCGAUAAUGCGCUUAAAAAGUAACAGGAAUAUGCCUCUAUAGUAUUUUGGAGAUGAUUGUUUAAAUUAAUUUCGAGCUUUUUUCCAACUUUGUAAAUAGAAUUUUUAUGGAAUUAUUGAGAUAAUGUUUUAAUCCAAAGAGUGUUAUUAGGCAAUAUCACGUAUAUAUUGCAGAAAUAAUUAUUGAUAAAUAAAAAUUGGAUAAUAUCUAU